AUGUAGGAGCCGCAUUUUUCUUUUUACUUUCUGAAAACCUGAACCACUUUCCCUCUGAUUUGUCUUCUGAUGGUGUCUAACAAUCCGAAUCCGUCGGAGGGGUUCUAUUUGGAUCCGUCCGGAGUGGCGUUGCCAGGGCUUGGACCAUUUGCCACAACCAUGGCGGCCUCGGCGGCGGCGGCGGCGGCAGCGGAGGAUUUGUCGAAGAAGAUUCGUAAACCCUACACAAUUACCAAGUCUAGGGAGAGCUGGACUGAGCCUGAGCAUGACAAGUUCCUUGAAGCUCUUCAGCUUUUUGAUCGUGACUGGAAGAAGAUUGAAGCUUUUGUUGGAUCGAAAACUGUUAUACAGAUACGUAGUCAUGCACAGAAGUACUUCUUAAAAGUUCAGAAAACUGGAGGAGGUGAGCAUUUGCCUCCUCCACGACCGAAAAGGAAGGCAGCUCAUCCUUAUCCUCAGAAGGCUUCAAAAAAUGUUGCAAUGCCUUCUCAAGUUCCAGGUUCAUUUCAGUCAACGUCUCCUUUAGUUGAACCUGGAUACAUUAUAAGGCCGGACUCCUCUUCAAUACUUGCAUGUCCGGCUCCAGGUGGAGCUGUACCUUCUUGGACAGUGAACUCUGUUCAGCCACUUAAUUCAUCUCAAGUGCCAACAGUAGCAAAUAAUUGUUGCAGUGGUACUGAAAGCCCAUCAAAAGCACGCACUCUUGUUGAAGCAACUGAUCAAGGAAGUAAUAAUCAUCCUCUUAGAGUUCUGCCAGAUUUCACUCAGGUUUACAGUUUCAUUGGCAGUGUCUUUGAUCCAAAUGCUUCAGGUCAUCUGCAAAAGUUAAAAAGGAUGGACCCAAUUGACGUUGAAACUGUUUUGCUGUUGAUGAGGAACUUGUCCAUCAAUUUGAUCAGUCCAGAUUUUGAGGAUCAUAGAAGACUGCUCUCAUCGUACGAGAUCGAUACGGGGCCAAUCCGGCAUAGCGAUGUAGACAAGCCCAUCUAUGGCAAUGAUCAUAAACCCAGGUUGGUAUCAAAUUAAGCACUGGAGGAGGAGGCAAUGAACGAACAGCAUGCUGCUACUUGAGCGAGCAUGUGCCUUCAACGACAAACCUGAAUGCAGACCCACAAAUAAUAAGCACAACGACCCAAAAAAAGAACUUGCAAGUAUGUAUGCAAUGUCACGAGGUCGCUUGCAUUAUAUGUAUUUUUUGCUAUCUGUUGCUUAUUUUGAGAUGCACCUUAUGUAUAUAACAACCAACACCCUCCCCUCUUGCCUGCCCUUAUUUUGUAUAGUGGAGAGCCCUUGAAAUAGUGCUGUAUAGCCCUUAGGGAAGCCCUGUAUUCAAGUUUUGGCAGUUAAUUUGUUGUAACGCUAUGUUUUCUUCUUCUUCUUCUUCUUCUUCUUUCACUUUUUGAGUUGAAGGGAAUGCCCCCAAGUUAUAUUGUGGGCCACUUUACUGUAUGAUGGCUUAAUAUUUUAUUUUUUUUCUAUCAAUGCUUUUAUGAAUUGACUA